ACCUUCGGCGUUGGCGACUGCUGUCGGAGCAAGUGGUGGCGCAAAAGCCGUGAAGCGCGAAGGUAAUGAGAGCAAUGUAACCGGGACACAGGCCAUGCCAACACAUGCAAAAUCAUCCCGCCGUACAACCUCCCUUCUUAAUCUCUUCAUGUCUAACUCGCAGGGAUCGCGCGAAGGCCGAGCGGGGCCGAGCAGCGCGCCGUCGAGCCCGACUAAUCCUGGAGAAAUGACGCGCGGCGUGCAGCGUGGAUCGAAAUGGUUUCUGAGGAGUCGACGGGACAGGGCCAGGCAGAAGAAGGCGAAUAAAAAGAAGAAGGAUAGCACGGACAAUCAAAGCAAUAAAGAAGAAAAAUCAGAUUUGGAAGAAAAAGAAGAAACGAGAAAAAGUCAAACCCUCGUUGAACGAGACCCAGAUGCACCCGAAGUCGAUGAAGAUGGUUUCGUCGUGCAGCCAACCACACCAGCCAAUUGGACCAAUGACAAAGGCAGUUUCUAUUCCUCAUCGGAUUCCGACUCUGAUGAUGACCGGGAACGAAAAAUACGCGUUGAAAUCAAACCGUUGAACAAUGGCGCCGCUCCCAUGUCCGCAUCCGUCGAUGAAUUACGCGCCACUGUCGAGAAUCUUUACCUGCUUCCGGCUGGCGGUCGUCGUGGUUCAGCGCUCGACUCCCAAGACGCUGCGAUGAAACGCUCGCAAUCCGUUUCGCAACAAUUAGGUGGUAAACCAAGCAGUGACCUACUGGGCUUAAACUUUCAAAGCCCGGCACAGUCCAAUGCUUCCACUCCGACUAGCACUCAUCCGUACGCUCCUUUACAAAGCCCUUCACAGCCCACACUAAACUCACCAACUUUAUCAGCUUCUUCGAGGUAUGCCGAUCUGGGGGAUAUAUUCUCCGAAGUCGGGGAGAUACAGCCCGCGCCUAAACCUCGCCAGACCCCGACUCCCACCAGUGGGUAUAUGUCUAUUCCGAGACCGCCUUCGAGAAGAUCCGAAGCUGCCACACCGCGUGGUCAUAUCAGUCCGUCGAACAUCUCGAGGGCAGAUAGCGUGGGUAGUCUUGAAUUUCGUACUGCUUGUGUACCGGUGGGGGUGUCCAGAGGGCCUUCACCGUUGACCAUUGGAAUGGCGGAUACUAUUCCGCUAGCUGUUGCUUUUCACGAGAUUGUGCAUUCGUAUUUCCGUGGGGCGGAUGAGACAAAGUGUCAGGUGAAGAUGUCUGGUGAUAUGAUGCUCUCGUUUCCUGCGGGGAUUGUUACAGUGCUGGCGAAUAAUCCUAAUCCAGCCAAGUUGACUUUCCGCGUGCACAAUACGCAGAAACUUACUAUAUUACCGAAUAAACAAUUGGUUACAAUUGAUGGUAGUCAAUCAGCGGUUGACUCAAAAUUCCUCGAGUUCAACAUGACCGCGCUAAGUGCCCUAUUAAAGAAGCAGUCUGAGCUAAACCCGACUGCUUCGUAUUUCAACGUGGACAUCCUAAAAUAUCAAAUUAAACCGAAAACCGGAGCGAAUUCAUGUCCGCUCCAACUAGUGGCUUACUGGAAGUGUGAAGAAGCUCACACCGACCUGAAAGUAGACUACAAGUACAACUCGCAUGCAAUGAGCUCGGCUUCUCCUCUAUUGAAUGUCUCCGUGACUGUUCCAGUUGAGGGUGAGGUCAAGUCUAACCAAUCUAAACCAGCCGCCAUUUGGAACAGUGAAUCGAACCAAUUGGUCUGGAAAUACACUGAAUUAUCUCUGCACUCGGAAAACCACGGCGUAGGUUCUAUGCUAGCACGAAUUGAUCUAGAUUCUGGACCAACGAAACCCACAACUAUUUCGGCACAGUUCAACUGCGAGGGUACUACGCUAUCAGGUAUUGGUUUCCAUCUGCAGGGAGCUGGAUAUCGGCUCUCACUAGUCAAGCGCCGGUUUAUCUCAGGGCGGUACAUCUGCGAGGGCGAUUUGAAAUUCUCCAGCGCUGGGACUUCCGGGACAGCCACUCCGUCGUCGACGACCAGCACCACCGGCAACUGCUAGCAUUCCAGCUUGACGACAUAUCAAACGGCACUCUACACGCUAGUGCUGUAAUUAUAUCGAAUUCUAGGACCUAAACGUAAACCUGACACAUUCAAACUACACACACACACGUAAAACGCUAUAAAUAUUAUACAAUAAUCGAUUUAACGACGACGAGAUACACAAGAAAUAAUGAUCUAGGCGAUCCGGGGACGACCCGGGAUGUAAUUGUAAGUAUUUUCAUGUUACGAAGGCGUAUAUUAUAUAGUUUAUGAUGCUAUUUUAUAUAAUCCUGUCAUUUUCGGCGUUUCGUCGUUUUGUUAGCACCGAGAUAGGUAGGCGUAGGAUAAUGUAUACAUAAUUUUGAUAUAUUAAGCUAAUUUUAAUAAUGUUACGAACGUGUAUUGUGCAAACGACGCUGAAUUCGAUGGAAUUCACGCAAAACAAAAGACUAUUUGUUGACAAACUCAAGUUUGUUUCACUUUCACCCUGGCUUUUACUUAUAAAUUACAGAUUUUAUUCGUUUUCUGCAAUUAUCUAGCAUUUGUGCAAUUUUUUAUUGCAUAUUUCAUAAUUAUAUCAUAAGUUAAUGAUAAUUAAUUGUUAAUAUCAUUAAUUACGUUGCAUAUGAGUACAAUACAUCAAAUUUGCACAUCUGAUAAAUAUUUGCAGAAUACACAGUUGGAAUUGUUUAGUUAACAUGAACAUUAAUGGAUAUGGAUAUAAAUACGCUUGAGUUUAUUUCCUUCCAUUCAGAUUCAAACAAUUCCGAUUAAUACUCGAUAAAAUGAAAGUUAAUACAGUGCUGCUGUUGAUAGCAACAGUUAUAUUAUUGCAAUGGAAUUCUUGUUAUGGUGAUCAUUCCUCUACAUCGUCGUGUUCGUCCUCUUCUUCAUCAACAUCCGGUAAAGAUUUUUGAAUUUUUAAUGUUUAAUUUUGUAUUUGAACUGUUUGAAUCCUGUUUUAGGUCACCACUGCAUUAAUUGUCUUAUAUAUUACUCUAAGGAGUAUUGUAAUUCUAUUGGGAAGGAUCAAAUUGAAGCUACGUGUUAUAGAUGUUCGGCUUGUGUAGACCGGAAGCCAUGCAAUUGUUAAUUUUGCUCUACAAGAUGGUGUAAGAAUUGCAAUCUCUUAUUUUACAUUUUAAACAUUUCAAAUUAAGAAAUAAACUCAAAUCAUUUUCGAAA